CUGGCUGCAGCCGCGCCGGCCGAGCGCGCCGACCGGCACCAUGCCCCGCGUGGAUGCAGACCUCAAGCUGGACUUCAAGGAUGUCCUGCUCCGACCCAAGCGAAGCAGCCUCAAGAGCCGAGCCGAGGUGGAUCUUGAGUGUACCUUCACAUUUCGAAACUCGAAGCAGACCUACUCAGGGAUUCCCAUCAUUGUGGCCAACAUGGACACCGUGGGGACAUUUGAGAUGGCAGUGGUGAUGUCACAGCACUCCAUGUUUACAGCAAUUCAUAAGCAUUACACCCUGGGUGACUGGAAGCUCUUUGCCGCUAAUCAUCCAGAAUGCCUGCAGCAUGUAGCCGUGAGUUCGGGCAGUGGGGACAGCGAUCUGGAAAAGAUGAGCAGCAUCCUGGAAGCUGUGCCGCAGGUUAAGUUUAUUUGCCUGGAUGUGGCCAAUGGGUACUCAGAACAUUUUGUGGAAUUCGUGAAACUCGUCCGUGCCAGAUUUCCAGAACACACCAUCAUGGCAGGAAAUGUGGUGACAGGAGAGAUGGUAGAAGAGCUUAUUCUUUCCGGAGCAGAUAUAAUCAAAGUGGGAGUUGGACCAGGUUCUGUGUGCACCACCCGCACCAAGACGGGGGUAGGCUACCCCCAGCUGAGUGCCGUGAUGGAGUGUGCAGAUUCUGCCCACGGCCUGAAGGGGCAUAUCAUCUCCGAUGGAGGCUGCACGUGUCCAGGAGAUGUCGCCAAAGCCUUUGGAGCCGGAGCAGACUUUGUCAUGCUGGGAGGGAUGUUUUCAGGCCACACCGAGUGUGCUGGAGAGGUGAUCGAGAGGAAUGGGCAGAAGCUCAAGCUCUUCUAUGGGAUGAGCUCGGAAACGGCGAUGAAGAAGCACGCGGGAGGCGUCGCCGAGUAUAGAGCCUCUGAGGGCAAGACUGUGGAAGUGCCUUACAAAGGGAGUGUAGAAAACACUAUUCUGGAUAUUCUUGGGGGACUGAGGUCUACCUGCACCUAUGUGGGAGCCGCCAAACUCAAAGAGCUCAGCAGGAGGGCGACGUUCAUCCGGGUGACCCAACAGCACAACACCCUGUUCAGCCAACCUUGAAGAUGAGGUGACAGCUGGCUCGUGGAAGCUUCCACGCACACCUGCUUUCCCAUCUCCUUCCUCCUGUUACAUCAGAGCUUCGGGCUGCUCCUGAAUGGUGGAAUGCUGCUUCUUCCUACCCCUCCUGCCGCCUGGAGGCUUUGGGGCUCCCCCUGGUGCCUUCUGGGGGCCCAGAAGCAGGGCACUGAGAGGGUCAGUGGUCAGAGCCCAGCUGCCCGGAACUCAUAACCACAUUGUUACAACCAAUACUCACACCUUUUUCUUUCUUUUUUAAAAAGAAAACGGUUUCACUUUAAUAUAAUGCUAUUAUCUUAAGACUUGCUUGAGUGCUGGAGUUUGCAUUUGCAGGAACCAAGUGGUAGGGGGAGCUGGGGGUUUUCUACCUCCUUCCCAGACAGGCUAGUGGUGAGCCGCUCUUGGCUGUUAGCCAUCAAAGCACCUUGGGAGGGGAAGAGCGGGGAGGAUCCGGGAAGCCAGGCCAGUCAGGGUAACUGGCAUCCCCUCCCUCCAGCUUUUGGUUGCUGGCAAAGAACAAAAGCGAUUGGCUGGACAGAGGAACUUGAAGAAUUGGUUUCCUGCAGAUACUCACAAGGUGUGGUGACAUGUUUGCACCAUCUUUGUUACAGGUGCCUUUUGGGAACAGGUCAUCUGUCGCUACCAGUUUGGUGCUCCUGGGAAGCUGUGCCUGUCCCCAUCCCUGUUCUUGUCCUGGUUUUCAUUUAGUUUUGCUUUCUUCCAUCUCUUCGUGUCCCUUCUCAGUCCCAACUUGUCAUUCUCUCUUAAAUAGAUUACCCAUCAUUUUGCACUUCCACAGGAUGUUUCAUUGAAAGGUUAUGCACCAACACAUUAGCAGGCAGAGUCCCACUGAAAAACAAAAAAAACAGCAAACACCUUGACCAGUGACUUCCUAAAAGGCAUUGGUUUCAACUGUGACUUAGAACCGUUCCCUUGUCCUGGUGAUGAAUGCUUUCAAGGAAGGACCAGAUGGUCCUACUGUAUAACGGUCAAUCCAUCAGUUCAUUGACUGGUAACAAUGAUAUUCUCUUGGAGAAGGGACCCAUGGCCUUGGCAGGAGUCCUACAGCCGUCUGCUGUGACACUUGUUUAAGCAGUGAACACGGAUGAAUUAGUGAUGGCAGGCCACUUCUUUUGAAGCAUUUGUACACAGACCAGGGUGUUUUACUUUACAGUCAUGCGCUGCUUAACGACGGAGAUACGUUCUGAGAAGUGUGUCUUUAGGCGAUUUCGCCCUUGCGCGAACGUCACAGAGUGACUGACACAGACCUAGAUGGUGUAGCCUACUACACACCUAGGCUGUAUGGUACUGAUGUUAUGGGACCACCACCAUAUCUGCAGUAUGUCAUUGACUGAAACGUUAUGUGGUGCAUGACUGUAUUUAUUUCUAAACAAGGCUGAAGAAGCAAAUACAGGAGUAAAUAUUCUUUGAAAAGGCAAGUGAUGGCCCUGGAGCAGAGAAGGGCCUCAUGGUUCCUACUGUAUACAGGUGAAUUAAUUGCCUGAUGUCCAUGGUGACUGACCCAUAUGAAGAAUCCAGCCAAACCGUCAUCACACUGGGAAAUUACAGGUUCAUUUUCAGUCUUAUAAGAAUACAUGUAAAGAUCCAGCAACUUGAACUCCGUUGUAAUACCUUUCCCCCUAAAUCCAUUAAGAAUAAUUCUUGUAGAAACAUGAAUGGCGACGCUUUUGAGAUAGGAGGGUCAACAGGAUGUUUAAUGUACAGUGAAGAUGUGGUGCUUUGCUGGAGGACCCAGCUUCUCUGUCUGUCCGUCUGUGUGAGGUGUGAGCUCCGUGCUGUUCCUGUGGAAGAUGUGUUUUACACUCAAGCCCUCAAGUUUGUUAGUUUUAAGAGAUUCUUUAUUGCAAAAUAAGGGCGAGGUGGAGGACAGGACCUAAAGAAAUCCAUUAAAAACGUACAGCAGUAGUGAGGGAACUUUGGGAUGGUGCCCUUCUCCAUCCUUCCACUUUGGUUGGGGGUCACCAGUGUCCCCUUUCUCAGAUAGGGCUCCUGUGCUACAGCCAGAGGGUGAGGGAGGGGGAUGCUGGCAGCCCACUUAGCAGCCACUGGGCAGCCCUCUCCGCAGUGAUGUAGGCCUGCUUUAUCCAUCUUGUGUCGAGACUUUGCGGACUAGCUCUUGGUUUCCACAAACCAAAGGCAGGUUCAUCCAGUUUUUAGGGAACUGAAAACUGAGUUACUGUAAAAGCCAAAACCUCAUCGGGAUCAAUUUGAAGCAGAGGCUUCACCAAAAGCAGCACUUCUGAGGCUCCAUUACCGCCUUAUAAUUCAUCUCUGCCUCCAAUAGCAAUGGCCCUGGGGGCACCUGCUCUGGAGCAGCCCACAGACCAGGUAUUAUACAGGAUGCGGAGAGGCAAGCACAGCCCUCCUGCUGACCUGCAGGCCUUUCUGUGCAGGAGUUGUUGGUGGCUGGGGAGAGGGGAAGAGCCAGAGAACCAGAUGCCGUUCUCCUUGGGGCUCCUGCUAUGCUCGUAAUGGUUUCGAGGUCUGCCCCACUGCAGCACGUGCAGCAGAGGUUUUUCCCUAAUCAGUUUGACCAGCUGAGGUAAGUCUCACAGCCACUGGACCCCAAACGUAUCAGAACCAUUAUCAUCUCAUAUUAAAACCAAACAGUAGGGAAGGCGGCGGUUCAGAUGGUUUCCCCAGACUUGCCCCCAGCACGCGACACGGCUGCCCAGACCGCUCUGGAGGAGGAGGAGGAGGAGGACCUCGGCAGCCCUUCUUGUUUGGGCUUCACGGCUCACCUAGUCGCUGCUGCUUUAGUGCACAUUCUUUCACACGCUGACAUUCACAAUACGUCAGUACCUCAACUCUUAAGUAAGUCCUAAGGGGAGAGUCCCCAUACACCUAAUCAAGAAGACAGGAAAAGGAAGGGGAUUCCCCAGUCCUCCCUGGGCUAAGUGAAAACUCUGAAUUCCACGCCGAGAGGUCUCUUCCACCUUUGCGGACCUUAAGGCUGGAAGGAUUUGAGAGCCACACGUGCAGAUGGGAGCAGGGGAGGUCACUCGAAAGACAUGGGUUCUUGAUUUACUCUCUGGGGCAGCUGCUAAGCCACAUCUUUCUGAGACCAGACACAGGGCAGAUCUGUGGUGCAGUACUCUUGAGACAAAUGGGCCCCUCCGCACGCCAGGAGACCCCUCUGCUCACUGAGUUGCCAACAGGCAUGAACUACAGGAAAUGGGAUCUUUCUACCUUCAGACCACUAACCAGUUCACAGCAAAACUGUACAUAUCGUAUUGAUGCUCCGUGAGCCCAAGAAACUGCCAAAUGCUGUUUAGAGACAAAUCUCUCUUGUAAACAGUGGUGUUCAGGUAGGAGACAUAAACAGGAACAGAACCAGCCAAGACAUCAGAUGUGGAAAUGUGCCUUUUAUCUCAGAACCUCAUCUCAAGCACAACCAAUCCUACCCUUGUGGGAAAAAAAAUUGUUAGGAAAGGCAAUGUCCUGUGUCACCACCACAAACCUACCCACUCACUGAUCACAGUGGGGGUAAGAAGGAAGAACUGCCACCAUCUUCUCAUCUUUUCUUCAAGGACCGGACACAAGGCAAGGACACAUUUUGCAAUUGGCACUGUUAUUUUAUUAGUACGAGUAUACUGAAACAAUAAACUUGUACUGGUAUACAGACAAUUUAUUUAAAACAAUUUUGUUCAAAUUUUGAAUCAAACAUUGUUUUAUUAUAAUAAUGAAAUAAUUUCUACCUAGAAAACCUGCAAGCACCAUCAAAGAAAGGGACCAUAAAAUUCAAGAAACAGACUCGAGUGUAUCCUACAAAUAGACACACCACGAUUAGAAAAUAGAAUAUGAAUUCUUCCAUUUUUUUUUUUUAAUAUUUGUUUUAAAAAAGCUAGUGCAAGUACAAUAUUUUACACUGGAAUUACAGAGAGUAUGCACGCAUAUGGAAAAAAGUUCUCCUGUCACAAUAAAAGCUCUUAACUAUG